AUGCUCUGCUUCAGGAGAAACAAAGGCUACAAGGUGGCACCAAAAGAGAAGAAGGCUCAGGCAACGACUUCGACGUCAACUUCAACUUCGACUAAUCAGACAUCUAUUCCGAGAACCAGAAAUGGCACUGACACUAACCCUGACACUGCCACUGUCACUCAGCGCAGGAAUAAUAUGACUGCAAAAAGGACACGUCCUUCCCCUGAUAGAUACUCAAAUUCUCGCCCUUCUCCCUCUCAAAAACGCAACACUGAGCAAGGCCCCCCUAUUCAACCGCCUCACCAACGGUCCAAAGUCGCACGCAACAACGACAUGUCCGCCCAAAAUAGCAGCUUCUAUGGGCGCGUUAACUCGGCCAUCACGAGUGGUUUUGAGGAAGACAGUAGUGCUACGGCAGUGCAAAAUCGAACGAACAAACCUCAAGAGUCAUCAUCAAGUAACGCGGCUCAGUCUCAAGCGUACGACACAGCCCCUGUACCAUUAACACAGCCCCUUUUUCGCUGUCAACGUCCUUCUUUUCUCGACGACUUUGACUUUACUGCAGAGUCUCCUCACGAUAUAGUUAUCGCUCCUGGGUUUAUCUCUGCUUUGUCGCCCCGACGAGCCCAUCAUUCUGCCUCAGCGUCUAUCCUAAACUUUGCAGACUUCGACCUUGAGAAUACAGACACUAAGAUUUCUGAUAUCAGACACGACAAUAUUUCACCCCAUGAAAAACCUAUAGCUAGCGCCGCCGUCGCCUCAUCUUCAUCUCCGUCCUCUGCGAGCCCGCACUUUGAUCUGUCCGAAUCACCAGACACUGAUACUGUGACAGCAAGCGCCGUAGGCAGCCGAGAGUGUCUUGCCUGUAGCGACACGAAAGCUCCAGAUUCUUUCCCAGAUUUUGUCACUUCGAAAUGCACGCACACUCCUUCUAUAUGUUUGGAUUGCGUGGUGCGAUCAAUCCAAGUGGCCAUGGAAACCGAAUACUGGAACGAAAUCAGUUGCCACAAGUGUAAAGAAAAACUAGAGUAUAACGACAUUCCGCGCCUGACAGAUGAACAGACGGUUGCCAAAUAUGAAGGACAGGCGCUUCGAGCUGCUGUGGCAGACGAGGAAAACUUCUUCUGGUGUACCUCUGAUUGUGGCUCUGGACAAAUCCACGACUCUUGGUCUACUCAGCCCAUCGUCGUUUGCAUCAAAUGCAAUCAUCGCUCAUGCUUUCGCCAUGGAGUCAACUGGCAUGAAGACUUGUCUUGCGACGAGUAUGAUCGGCUUCAAGAGGAUCCAGAAUUUCGGAGCUGCCUGGAACUGGAAAAUGAAAGGUGGGAGGAGGUUCAAGCAGCUCAAGAAUAG